AUGGAUCCAUCGCAGACGCGCCGCGUGGUCCUCCUGGUCGAUCUCCACCCGCUCCUCACAAUCCAAGAUCCCGCGCAGUACGCCGCCGCCGUCCUCGCCGCCGCCCGGAGACUCCUCGCCUUCCAUCCGCUCUCAGAUACCCUUUUUGCUUGCAAGCCCUUCUUCUCGUCUCUCUCCCCUCUCCUCUCUACCUCGUGGAUCCACCGCCUCUUCGGCAAGUCCGCGGCCUUUCUCUCCUUUGAUCGUCCUUCCGGGACUCUCAAGUCUCUCUCCCUUAUCCUCUCUUCUGUGUCGUCUAAUUCUUCGGCUUGUGAUGGUGACAUCAUUGGGCACCUCGGCUUGCCCCGUGCUUCCCUGAUGAGCGAAUCACUGUUCCAGCUUGCCUAUGACUGCACGUGGGAGCCUCGGGCGGACAGCUCGACAGGUAAGAAUGGGAUCUCUCCCGUUCGGUCGAAUAUGAUUGUGAUGUUCUCGCCUCUGCCGCAAUCCUUUAAGUGCUUGGCACAAUUUUUAGAAGUGAGCGUCGAUGACAAGAUUAUGUCGAACAUCAACGAGUUUCAAGCUAAAUUCAUUAGUAGUUUCUGUUCGGUGAAUGAGCUCUUUAUCUCCAGAGAUGUGCAUUUCACUUGGCUUCAUGUUGAUCUUGAUUCGGAGCAAUUUGUUGAAGCGCCGCAUAAACAGUUUAUUGAGAAAGGAAUUAGGGAUGUGGGCUGGAGUUUAUGCUCCACAGAUGCAGUCGCAUUGGGUGCAGUGUUCAUUCCUUUUGGACUGAUAUACCCUUACAUUGGGCAUCAAUUACCAUCAGAUUGUGUCGAUGCUCUCAGGCGUGGUCGGGCGGAGUUAAGUUUAGAAGUCUCAGAUGUUUGCGGGAAACCACUAGAAUGUAAAUGCUGCGAUCUAGAAGUCCUCAUUCCUGGCCUCCAAAUGGAAAUGGAAGGCAUUUUGGAUCUCUUUUCUCAAGAUUCUAGAGAUAUCGCACGAAUUCAGCUCAAAGACGUUCUGAGGGUCAAUGAUCAGUCAAAAGUCCAAUCCCAGAUGCAUCCUGCACUUCUACUUCGUGAAUUUCCGGGGGAAUCAAGAAUUGAAAAUUUCACUGAGGUUAUCCAUGAGAAGGCUGACAUGUUUUCCCCUGAUAAGGUACUUGAAUUGUUUAGUGAAGAUGGGGGUGCAGCUGUAGCAGGAAAGCCCAUCUGGCAGCUUCUGCUGGCGUUUCUUCAUAGAAGACGUUAUUGUGCUUUUGUAUCUGUUAACCGUGGCAAUGGGCACUCUCUUCUUGGAAUUAUGAUGCCCUUCACUGUCCACUCUGCUAUCAUGUACAUAGUGGACUAUUCAAAUGUUGAUAGUCGAACGCCGAAACUCAACGACUGGAUAAACCUUUUAAGUGUGCUUCCUCCUGAACCUGCAAGAGAUAAGAACCAUCGGAAAAAGAGAAAUAAGUUCCUAAGUAUGCUUCAUGAUCUCAGUUAUGAUUGUUUCCGUAAGCAUGUAUUCGGUCAGAACGGUGAUGAUAAUUUUGAAGUAGGAUUGGAGGAUUUAUAUUUUGAUAAUGGAUGCGAUAAUUCAAAGAAGCUUCGAUUUUUCCAGUGUUGGAUGAAACAGUUCAAGAAAUGUAACUAUUCCUUUUCGAAAGUCAGUGAUCCUGAGGUGUUUUCAGAUCCAAAAGAAGUAACAUCAGAAAGAUCAGCGAGCUCACAUCAUGAAACUACAGUCCUUGUUUCCCCUCUACCUUCCACGGAAGAGACUCAUCAGUUUGCGGAUAUGAAUGAGGAAUAUUCAUCAUAUGUGUCUCUUCAAAGUUUGGAAUCCUUUUCUGAAACUGUUUCCCAGAAGAUUGAGCGUAUUCUUAGUUCUGAGAAAGCGGACCUGAGUCUUUUAGCUGAACGUGUUGUCAAAUUAGCGGUCCACUAUUUCUUUGUUAAGUUUGGGGCCGACGGAAGUGAGGACCCAGUCUCUAUAGGAGACGACUGUACUGCAGUGGUUGCUGCUGAAGUAUCAAAGCUGCUUCUCAAGAGGCCUAAGGUUAUUGCUGCCAAAUACAGAAGUUCCAACGCUCCACCGCUACCGUCAUGGCCUGCUGUUCCUGAUGACGUAAAGAAAGUCAGAGAGUAUCCUUUAUUUGUAAAACAAGACUUUAAUUUUCUAUUCUUCUAUUAUUUCACCUUUUCAUUUUUCGGUUUUCUUGUACUGCUUAAUAUAUUCUAGACAUGAGUUGCAAAUUUUGUUUCGAAUGGAGAUACUCCAAUCAGAAGUCAGCUCAAGUAUAGACGAUAACGCCAAGCUGAAGUUUGUAAAGGAUAUCUGCUUACUCUUGGAAAACAUUGAAUUUAAUCUCCAAGGAAGUGUGUUUACCGGUGAGAGUCUUAUAGACUUUGCUGGAAGGACCAUAAAAGCCAGGUAAGCCUAAACCCUCCAUUCAAAUUCGUUGUCAAGGACUACAGCAGUUGCCCCCAUCUGCGUUCAUAAUGAUAUCCAGUACUCCUACCAUUCUUAAAAUUAACAUUGCAGGUGAAAACAAAAAACGUAGAAUAUUGUGUUAGAUCAAAACCAGGGUGCGGCCUCAAUAUCAGGAACCUUCAAACAGUUGAUGAAUCGUCAAAAGCGCCAUGCGAGCAAAUCGCAAGGUGGACUAUUUAGGAGAAACACUUAGGGCUCCAAUCAGCUUUAAAAGGCGGUUUGAACGAAUGGUCAAUUUGACAAAGAAAUAUGCUGGAUGUAAGCGUUUUAAGCAUGCGCGUGUAUGUAUAUUUAUGUAAAAGAUUGAACAAAAUAAACUAGAAAGUUUUUGAUUGAUAGAUAUAUAGUGGGUAUUUGGAUUUACUAUGUAAAAACUGUCACACAUUUUGUCUAGGGCCAAUAAUCUAUACCAAGGUUGCGUAGAUAAGCUAGAAGACCAAGGUUUCUAAGAUGGUAGUUCCCCUUCACACUGCGUGGAAUUCUCGUGCAAUCCUUUGCUUCUACCAAAUGGCAUACUUUGAUAGGAAGAAGUUUCAACAAUUUUAAACAAUAUGUAUCUGACUCGAAAGUAUUAGAAAUAUUCACAGCUCGUUGUUUGGAGGUAUAUAGCUUGGAUUGUUUAUCCUAUGUUAGUCUAAACUAUCUUACUAUCCGCUUGCAGGUAUGCAAAUUCUUUGGAACCCGUCGUUCACAGGAUUUUUGCGCAAAUGGAAUUCUUUUCGUUUGAAGGGGGGGAAGGAGAAGACUCUGUUUCCCUACCCAACAGCAACAGUGGUGAACAACAUCGGGACAGCGAGGGUGACGCCAUCCACAGAGACGGGGGCGGAACCACUGGAAAUCCCUCCCCCCGUCGCACAAUCUCGACGGACAACUCAUCCCAGUCGCAUGAAAACUGCGGAAACACCGCGCCAGACAGUGCCGAAAGCACAGAAACGAGCGUGUUAAUGAAGGCUCUAGAAAGAAGGGAAAGGGCCCGCAGAUUCUCUCACUUUACAAGCUGGAGACAGAAUUUGCAGAGGGUUUGGGCCCCCAAGCAGGCGAGAAAGGGCAAACCCACCGUGGAACCAUCUCACAGAUCGUCAAAGAAGAGGAGACGGCAUCUGUCUCGUAAGGACACGGUGUGCGAGACGCCGAUGGUGCGUGCUCGGAGUCAUUCGCUACGACAGGACGACGGCAGCGGAGGAACCAACGCACGACCUGGCAUUCCUUCGCUUUCCAAGGCUUUAUUUACCAGCGAGGAUUAUACAGAACCGGCGUGA